AUGAGAAGGAGAAGAGAACAGAAAGCAAGAAAAGAAAAGAAUAUAUCGUGUCGUCUACCCAUUGACUCUGCCAAGCGAAUUAGCGGUUUUAUCAUGACGUUCUAUGGUACUAAUAUCACAAAAUUCGCGACGCAAACUCUGCAGGGUUGGCGAAGUUUGAUCAAACCUUACGUUAUUACAACGAUCGCCAUUGGUUCGAGUGUCACUACCGGUGAUCUCAUCUGUCAAUAUUUAGAAAGUCAUAAGAAAGGUCCAGAUGGUAAACGUCUCGUACCACCGUCGUCUUCUACAUUUUCAUGGUGGAAUCGUGAACGAUCCCGAGUUAUGGGUACAACAGCUGUUCUCGUAUCAACACCUUGGUCGUUCACACUUGCAAGAAUAGUUGAAAGAUUAUUUCCAGGCAAACAAGGAAUUCAAAUAGUAAAGAAAAUCUUAACGAACUCGUUACUUGCGCCGAUUAAUAUCAGUCUCGUAUUUACAUCGAUUAUCCUUUUACAAGGUCAUACGCUGAAAGUGGCUAAAACGAAAAUAAAAAAUGAUAUGCCGAAAACAUUCGCGAUUGGCUCAUGUUAUUGGCCAUUUGUUUCAUUCAUCAACUUUCGUUUCAUACCAUUGGAUUACCGACCGAUUGUUGGAAGUUUAGCUGGAGCUUUGUGGAACAUCUACGUUUCUUCAGCUGCAAAUAAUCCCAAACUAAAUCCCGAUGGUAGUAUACAAGUAUCAGCUGGAACAGCACCAACUUUACUAGCGGAAACAAGCGGAACAGCAGUACCAGCCAUACAUGAAGCAUGGAAAACAGUUGAGAACAAUAAAAAGAAUACGUAA